AUGAGCCUGGCCGGGGGUCGCGCCCCCAGGAAGACCGCGGGGAACCGGCUCUCGGGGCUCCUGGAGGCCGAGGAGGAGGACGAGUUCUACCAGACGACCUACGGCGGCUUCACCGAGGAAUCGGGAGACGACGAGUAUCAAGGGGACCAGUCCGACACGGAGGAUGAGGUGGACUCAGACUUCGACAUUGAUGAAGGGGAUGAGCCUUCCAGUGACGGGGAAGCAGAAGAGCCGCGACGCAAGCGCCGGGUGGUCACCAAAGCCUAUAAGGAGCCUCUCAAGAGCCUUCGUCCUCGAAAGGUCAGCAGCCCGGCUGUAAGCACCCAGAAAGCCCGGGAAGAGAAGGUUCUGCUUCCACUAGAACUGCAAGAUGAUGGCGCAGACAGCCGGAAGUCCAUGCGCCAGUCUACAGCUGAGCACACGCGGCAGACGUUCCUUCGCGUGCAGGAGAGGCAGGGCCAGUCACGGCGACGGAAGGGGCCUCACUGUGAGCGGCCACUGACCCAGGAAGAACUGCUCAGGGAGGCCAAGAUCACCGAGGAGCUCAACCUGCGCUCACUGGAGACUUACGAGCGGCUUGAGGCUGACAAAAAGAAGCUAGUUCACAAGAAACGGAAGUGCCCAGGACCCAUAAUCACAUACCACUCAGUGACUGUCCCACUCGUUGGGGAGCUGGGUCCCAAAGAAGAGAACGUCGAUAUAGAAGGGCUGGACCCAACUCCCUUGGCACCUGCGUUGGCGCCUCGCUCUGGGACCACGCCGACCAUCCCUCCUGCUCGCUGCUCACGGACCUUCAUCACGUUUAGUGAUGACGCAACAUUUGAGGAAUGGUUUCCCCAAGGGCGGCCCCCCAAGGUCCCGGUCCGGGAGGUCUGUCCAGUGACCCAUCGCCCUGCCCUGUACCGGGACCCCGUGACAGACAUCCCCUAUGCCACUGCUCGCGCCUUCAAGAUCAUCCGCGAGGCCUACAAGAAGUAUAUCACUGCCCACGGCCUGCCGCCCACCGCCUCCGCCCUGGGCCCUGGCCCACCCCCGCCCGAGCCCCUCCCUGGCUCUGGGCCCCGGGGCCUGCGCCAGAGAAUCGUCAUCAAAUGAACAAAAGUGGGGUCCUCGGAGACCUUCCCUGCGCUCUUCCCUGUAGAACCCAGAUGUCCCGCCUCUCUCGUUCAGCCUCAAUCCGUGCUCAGACCCUCUGUAUUUCUUUUCCAAAUCCCUGCUGGUUUUGUUUGUGUUUUUUAACCAAAUAAAAUAGAAAGGUCCCUUU